AUUUAGAGCUGCUUUAGUUUAUACCUCAUACCCCCAUUUAAGGGGUUAUGGCGAAGGUUAUAUUGUAUCAUUAAUUGAUAAUUGACACAUUUAUCACUUAAUUAAAUUAAUUAUAUGUUAUUUAUUAUUUCAAACUACACUUUUUAGGAUUCCCUUCUUAUAGUAGAUUGUCUUGAUAAAAUAUGGGUCGUGGUCCCAAGAAACAUAUGAAGCGUAUUAACGCUCCGUCCCACUGGAUGUUGGACAAGCUUACGGGAAGGUAUGCCCCGAAGGCUUCCCCCGGCCCACAUAAAUCGCGAGAAUGUUUACCUCUUCUAGUUUUACUUAGAAAUCGUCUGAAAUAUGCCCUUACCUACGAUGAAGUAAAAUUAAUAGUAAAGCAGAGGCUGGUAAAGGUUGACGGGAAGGUCAGGACUGAUAUCACAUACCCAACUGGAUUUAUGGAUGUUGUCUCCCUCGAUAAGACGAAUGAGAAGUUUAGAAUGCUUUAUGACACUAAGGGUCGCUUCUGUCCUCACAAAAUCACUGACGAGGAGGCCACAUACAAGCUUUGUAGAGUAAAGAAGACUUUUCUGGGUCCAAAGGAGGUUAAUCUGGCUGUAACCCACGACGGAAGGACCUUUAGGUGUGUCCACCCCGAGGUAAAGGCUGGAGACUCCCUGAGAGUUGAAGUUUCCACUGGAAAAGUCCUGGAAUUUCUUAAAUUUGAGCCUGGAAACUUAGUGAUGAUAACUGGUGGUCACAACGUAGGCAGAGUUGGCACUGUAGUUAGUAAGGAGAAACACCCAGGAAGCUUUGACCUCGUUCACGUCAAGGACUCCCAGGACAAUACCUUCUCAACAAGAAGCUCAAAUGUGUUUGUAAUUGGCGUUGGGACCAAGAGCUACGUCUCACUUCCUUACGAAAGGGGUUUGAGAAAAACCAUAAUUGAACAGAGGAACGAGAGACUUGCAAAGUCAUUACGCCACUAAUUUACUAUACUGUA